AUGGAAGAGAUUACAAAGUACAUAGUAAUCAUAGCAUCGCUAAUGACCGCUAAGCUGACAGUUACGGAGAGCAAAAACGAGACGAAGCCGAAAAUUGAUAGACGGCACUACCAAAUGCCAAUCUUUAUCAAUGUCUGCGACAUCGUUGAUAGGAGGUCGAAAGUCCAUUGCUACUGUGACAAUAAUAAGCCCAAAUUGGCAACUAGAGCCGACUGCUGGAUUUUCGGUGGAGGAUUAACUGAGGACGACCCGAUAUGGCCUAGUUUUACAUCGCAGUCUGAAAUAGAACAUCUCAUGUUCAACGUUCGGACUGACGACGCGCUAACUUUUGUCCCAGCAAAAGCAAUUGUGAGACUUGAUAGACUAAAACAUCUGUCAAUACAAUUUGGAACAAUCAAAACAAUUUAUCCAUACGCAUUCACUAAUUCAUCAACGAUAAGACAGCUUGUUCUUAAAUCUAACAAAAUCGCAAACCUGGAGAAGCAUUCAUUCGCACAAAUGAUGAUGCUGUCGAAUUUAAGCCUCGACGACAACCAAAUAUCGGAAUUAAAGAUGGAUGUAUUCUUUAACUUGCCAAAUCUACAUAUCUUACAUCUAUCCAAUAACAAUGUGAGUCUCAUCCACGAAGGAUGUUUUAAGCACCUAAACAAUCUGAUCGAACUCAAAUUGGAUAACAACUACAUAUCUGUAAUAAUACGGGAAAUGUUAGCUGGAUUGGAAAAUCUCUCUCGAUUGAACUUGAGAAACAAUAAGUUAGAAAUGAUCGGAAACUUGGCGUUUACUGAACUGUGGGGCUUGAAAGAAUUGAUGUUAGAUAAUAAUGCCAUAGAAUUUAUAUCUGAAAGAGCAUUUGGAGGGCUCACGCAGUUAAGAAAGUUGACUCUAUCCGGAAAUAAAUUGACAACAUUUUACGAGUACAUCCUUGAAGAUAUAAGAAGUCUGGUUAUGUUAGAUUUGAGGGAUAACCUUCUGACUACGAUAUCUUACGAAACAAUACGACCUGUCGUGGAGAAUGAUAAGUCACUUUCAUCUGUGGUUUACUUAGACGGUAACCCACUCAGCUGUAAUUGCCGUCUAUCGUGGAUUUACGUGCUUCGGAACGAGACUCAAGACAAUACAAUGAAACACGCCCUCGAAAAAAUAUCAUGUGUUCCGGAACCUACAAAUGAAAGGCGAGUGAGUGAACCUAAUACGAAUGAAGAAGACGACAACAGUAAUAUUUUGGCCGAUGACAAUUAUGAAUACUACGACAAAGGCGAUGAAUACAAUGAUAAAGAAAAGAAUAAUGAAGCUAAGGCUGUUAAACUGACAGAUAUUCCAUUAGAAGAACUUCCUUGCCCAAAGGAGUUAAUGCAAUCAAUAGAAGAAACUUAUGGGCAUCCGGUCCAAAACGAAAUUAGAUUAAAAGGCGUUUCAAAAGGUGGAAAAGAUUUGCCCAGUUUUAUCUUUAUUGUUACCUUACUAGUGGUAUUUUAACUCUUAAAAUGUUUAAGCAAAAAACAUG